AGCACAGUGCGGCUGAUACGCGACACGGUGUCUUUCCGAGCCGGGGACACUCAGUGCGGCCAUGCUGAGACAGGACCGGGCAGCGUCCGGGGGAGCGGCGGGAGGCGGCUUCUCUUCACCGGGAGCGGAAGCGGGCAGCGAGUGUGUGUGUGAAGCCGGAGUCAGAGUGGGAGGCAGGCCUGGGGAACAGGUCGAGUUUUAACCGCCGCAGCAGCAACAGGAGGGAGCGGAGCGCGAGAGUGGCGGCGGCUCUCUCAACCUCAGCUUUUUGUCCAUUUGUUCCGCAGUGAGAGCGGCUCCUGGCCCCUGGACUCGGUGAAAAUGCCCGGGGGGCCGUCCCCUGGCACCCGGUGAAGGCGGACGGACAUCCUCCCUGCCGGCUUAUUCGCAAAAGAUUUCCCUUUUAUUUCUUGUAAGAAACAAGUUCAACGUGGAGCAUCCUUUCAAGGAUGUUUCUCCAUCCGCUGCGGCCUGGAGAGUAGACUCCGCACUUUCUUAUUUGGGGAGGAGAUCUGACUUUUUUUUGUGUAGUUGUGUUAUUUAUUGCUCAUGUAUGUGGACUUGGACAUACGCUGAGCCAUGAAGAAAUCUGGAACGUACUUCAGGAGCAAGAAGAAAGCCUCCAAGCAGCAUGUGCGGGAUGAACAAACUGAGGGAAAUAAAGUUAAAUCUGGGUUGGACCAGGGGCGAAAGAGCGAAUCACAGAAAGAAAAGGUGGAGCUUUCUGGAUCAUCUUCAUUGUUCUUCAGGAAGCUGAGUAACCCCGACCUCAUCUGUUCAUCUGGAAAAGUUUCUAAACUCCAACAUCAAUUGAAUGAAGAUGAUGGCAAACUUCAAAGAGGGAGCUUUGGUGGUGCAUUGGGAGGUAAACACUUGCUACCACUUUCCAGUAGCAGUGGACCAUUGACAUGUCAAGUGCCUGGAGAAUCCUCCAACUUGGUGCGAAUGAGGAAUCAAAAUUUAGGGCAGUCAGCUCCUUCCCUCACUGCUGGCAUGAAAGAAUUAAGUUUGCCAAGAAAAGGAAGUUUUUGCCGUACAAGUAACAGGAAGAGCCUGAUUGUGACUUCAAGCACUUCUCCAACACUACCACGGCCACAUUCUCCGCUGCCAGGGCAUGCAGGUAGCAGUCCUCUUGACAGUCCUAGGAAUUUCUCUCCCAAUGCAGCAGCUCACUUUUCAUUCAUACCAGCACGAAGGACUGAUGGACGCCGAUGGUCCCUGGCCUCCUUGCCUUCUUCUGGAUAUGGAACCAAUACACCAAGUUCCACAGUAUCUUCAUCCUGCUCAUCACAGGAAAAACUUCACCAGCUGCCAUAUCAGCCCACAGCCGAUGAACUGCAUUUCCUCAGCAAGCACUUCAGCACAGAGAGCAUCACAGAUGAUGAUGGACGACAGUCUCCUGCCAUGCGUCCUCGAUCACGCAGCCUCAGUCCCGGACGAUCCCCUUGUUUCUAUGACAAUGAGAUAGUAAUGAUGAAUCAUGUGUAUAAAGAAAGAUUUCCGAAGGCCACGGCUCAAAUGGAAGAGAACCUCCAGGAGUUCAUCACAUGCAGUGCUCCUGAGAACGUGCUGCCACUAGCUGAUGGGGUACUCAGUUUUAUCCACCAUCAGGUAAUUGAGUUGGCCAGGGACUGCCUGGCGAAAUCCCGUGAUGGGCUCAUCACCUCCAGAUACUUCUUUGAACUGCAAGAAAACCUGGAGAAGCUACUGCAAGAUGCCCACGAGCGGUCAGAGAGUUCGGAGGUAGCAUUUGUGACCCAGCUGGUGAAGAAGCUGAUGAUCGUUAUUGCUCGCCCAGCACGGCUGCUUGAGUGUCUGGAAUUUGAUCCUGAGGAAUUCUAUCAUUUGUUGGAAGCAGCUGAAGGCCAUGCCAAAGAAGGACAAGGAAUCAAGACUGACAUUCCCCGUUACAUCAUCAGUCAGCUGGGGCUCACCAGGGAUCCCUUGGAGGAAAUGGCCCAGCUAACCAACUAUGACAGUGGCAAUCUAGAAGCUCCAGAAACUGAUGAUUCUAUUGAUGGUCGAGGUGCUGCACUUCACACAAAGAAAACCCCAUGCGAGGAGGACUUUGAAAACCUAAAACUAAUUAGCAAUGGAGCUUAUGGAGCGGUCUAUCUCGUAAGGCAUAAGGAAACUCGGCAGAGGUUUGCUAUGAAGAAAAUCAACAAGCAGAACCUCAUUCUAAGGAACCAAAUCCAACAAGCAUUUGUUGAAAGAGAUAUCCUGACCUUUGCUGAAAACCCUUUUGUUGUGAGCAUGUUUUGCUCAUUUGAGACUAAACGGCACUUGUGUAUGGUAAUCGAGUAUGUAGAAGGUGGUGACUGUGCAACUUUAUUGAAGAAUAUUGGUGCUUUACCAGUUGAAAUGGCCAGGAUGUAUUUUGCAGAGACUGUGCUGGCUUUGGAGUACCUACACAAUUAUGGUAUCGUUCACCGAGACCUCAAGCCAGACAAUCUGCUCAUCACUUCGAUGGGUCACAUAAAGCUGACAGAUUUUGGACUUUCAAAGAUUGGCCUGAUGAGCCUCACUACUAAUCUAUAUGAAGGACACAUUGAAAAAGACGCAAGAGAGUUUCUUGACAAGCAGGUAUGUGGAACUCCAGAAUACAUCGCUCCUGAAGUGAUACUGCGGCAGGGUUAUGGGAAGCCAGUGGAUUGGUGGGCCAUGGGUAUAAUCCUGUAUGAAUUUCUGGUGGGGUGUGUUCCUUUUUUUGGAGAUACUCCAGAGGAACUGUUUGGACAAGUGAUUAGUGAUGAGAUAGCUUGGCCAGAUGGAGAUGACGCUUUACCACCUGAUGCAGAGGACCUCAUCUCAAAGCUGCUAAGGCAAAAUCCGUUGGAACGACUGGGUGCCGGUAGUGUCUAUGAAGUUAAGCAACAUCGGUUUUUCACAGAUCUGGACUGGAACAGUCUGCUUCGUCAGAAGGCUGAAUUCAUUCCUCAGCUUGAAUCAGAAGAUGACACCAGUUACUUUGACACUCGAUCUGACAGGUACCACCAUCUUGAUUCUGAUGAGGAAGAUGACACUAAUGAGGAUGACCGUGUAGAAAUUAAACAGUUUUCAUCAUGUUCGCCAAGAUUCAGCAAGGUUUACAGUAGCAUGGAACGGCUUUCACUACACGAAGAAAGGAAAACACCACCGCCUACCAAACGCAGCUUCAGUGAGGAGAAAGAAGAUAGAAUUGACAAGUUGGAUGGCCUUGGUAGUCUGAAGACCCGAGAUAGGAGCUGGAUAAUUGGGUCUCCAGAAAUUAUCCGAAAGCGUAUGUCGUUGUCAGAAUCAUCCCACACUGAAAGUGACUCCAGCCCUCCACUAACAGUCAGGCGCCGUUGCUCGACACUUAUAGAGAUGCCACACUUUGCCAUCUCUGGAGAGGAUGAGGGAAAGAAGCAGCAAGCAACUAGAACGUGGGAAGAUGUGUCUUUAACUAUUCCAGAACAGCCUACAGAGAGAGACCUCACUCUGGAAGUGGAUGUUAGUCCAGCCACACCUGCUUCAACAAUCAGUAACAUCAGCAGCUCAACUUUAACUGCUGGCAGCACUGCCGACCUAUCUGAUCAGAGGUCUCGCAACAACAGCACUGAAGGAUCAGACUCUUUAACUCCAAAAGCAAUCAGUGACCUAGCAGUUCGCAGAGCUCGACACAGGCUAAUGUCUGGGGAAUUGACUGAGAAGCGCACCUCCAGGCCGGUCAAUAAAGUGAUCAAAUCAGCUUCUGCAACUGCCUUGUCCCUUAUGAUCCCUUCAGACCACCAUACUGGUUCUCCCUUAGCCAGCCCUAUGUCACCACGUUCCUUGUCAUCCAAUCCAUCCUCCCGGGAUUCCUCACCAAGCCGAGAUUUUUCUCCUGCGGUAAACAAUCUGAAGCCUCCAAUCAUUAUCCACAGAGCUGGAAAAAAGUACGGCUUUACCCUUCGAGCCAUUCGAGUGUACAUGGGAGAGAGUGAUGUCUUUACAGUUCACCAUAUGGUCUGGCAUGUUGAAGGAGACGGGCCUGCUCAUGAUGCUGGCCUUCGAGCAGGGGACCUGAUAACUCAUGUAAAUGGUGAACCUGUCCAUGGCCUGGUUCACACAGAAGUGGUGGAACUCAUAUUAAAGAGUGGAAACAAGGUUUCAAUUUCGACAACUCCUUUUGAAAACACUUCAAUCAAAAUUGGGCCAGCUCGGAGAUCUACACACAAGUCAAAGAUGGCAAGGAGGAAUAAGAAGGGUAAAACAAAAGAUGGCCAAGAAAGCAAGAAAAGAAGCUCACUCUUCCGAAAGGUUACAAAACAAGCAACAUUGCUACAUACGAGUCGGAGUUUGUCCUCCCUGAAUCGAUCGCUUUCAUCUGGAGAAAGUGUGCCAGGUUCGCCAACGCAUAACCUUUCCCCUCGCUCACCAACCCAGAGCUAUAGAUCCACGCUGGAUUCUGUACACUCAGUUGGCGGUAAUUCUUCACAGAGCAGUUCUCCCAGCUCCAGUGUGCCCAAUUCUCCAGCCAGUUCUGGUCACAUCCGUCCAAGCUCUCUCCAAGGAUUGGCUCCUAAGCUUCAACGACAGUAUAGAUCACCCAGACGCAAGUCUGCAGGGAACAUCCCCCUCUCUCCUCUUGCUCGCACUCCAUCACCCACCCCACAGCCAACAUCCCCUCAGCGCUCCCCAUCUCCCCUGCCUUCACAUUCUCUGUCCAGUUCCAGUGCAGCACAAUCAUUUCCGGUUAAACUGCACUCUUCUCCACCGUUGGUCAGGCAGAUCUCCAGGCCCAAAAGUGCAGAACCUCCAAGAUCGCCAUUGCUAAAGAGGGUUCAGUCUGCUGAAAAAUUAGCUGCCACUCUCUCGUCUGAAAAGAAGCUGUCAUCUUCCCGAAAGCACAGCCUGGAUAUAUCGCACUCAGAAUUUAAGAAAGAAAUGCUGCAGAGAGACCCCAGUCUACAGAGUUUACAGGAAUCUGCUAAUGAGUCACAAGGCAGCAAACGUGGCCCUGCAGAAAAGGGAACACUAAAGCAACCUGCUGCCAGAAAGAUUGGCAGGCAAGAAUCAUCAGAAGGAAUUAAUAAGGGAAAGCUAAAUGACAAACUAGUAGCAAUAAGACACGAUAGAGCAGAAAGGAGAGAAGCUCUACAAAAACAAGAUGCCAUUCAUGAGGUGGAUAUCUCUGAAGAUGAAAGUGAUGAGGGUUCGGAAGAUAGCCAGGAAGGAAGGAAGUUGCAUCAGGCUUAUGCCCAAACUGAUGUUUCAGCUGUACUUGAAACUGGUUAUAAUUCACAUAAACCUGAAAGUAGGCAUUCUUCAGAAGAUGACCUCAACUCUGUGUUCUUAUCUGAGUCUAAAGAAAGAAACUUAACUGUACUUUCAGAGCUCAACAUUCGGAGGGCAAUAUUGGGCAGUACAGUACCACAUAAAAUAGAACAAUAUCAAGCAGAAGAUUGUUCAAUCAACAAAGCACCUGGGGGAAAGGCUGUAAUAGAACAUGCUGCCUCAGGCAUUCAGAAGAGUGGCCCAAAUAAAACAGAUCCCAGAGAUCUCAAAACUGUUGAAAUAAGACAGCCUCUUAUAGAUUGUGUUACCACUAAGGAUAAUGACUCCCACAAAACUCUCUCAAUGCAAAAAACCCCAGAGGGAACAUCAAACCAAGAGCUCAGCAAGACAGCAGCAUUCAAAAUACAUCAAGACACUCAAACAGCUUUGUUGGAAACUGGUAUUGACAAGAGUAGCUCUCCUCUUAAUCAGAUGGUGCAUAGAAAACCUACAGAGGAUGUACAUCGGAAACUACCAGAAGCAGCCGAUCAACUUGCUGCAUGUUCUUCCAGUACUUUUGAGCAUCUGCUUUUCAAAUCAGUACCUCCUCAUCUCCCAGAACAGUCCCAGAGAAUUGAUGAUCCUAAGAAGGAGAACAUUAGAACUGAGUGCAGACUAAAUGAUGAGGCUAAAGGGCGAUCUGUGAGUAAGCAAAAAGAUUCAUUUGGAAUUGGUGCAAAACAUUUUCAUUCAAAUGUCAAGCAUCUUAAACAUUCCAUUGCAGAGGAAAUGGAAGGAAGAUUAAACCAAAUUGAGCGAAUAUUAAAGGAAAGUGAAGAGCUGGACACUAAAAGUCAAUCUUUACUAAAUAUGGAAAGUGCAGUUGGCUCAAAAUGCUCUCCAGCUAGCUUUGCUAAAACACCUUUUGUUUCCCAUUUAGCUACUGUUGCCAAAAAUGUAUUGGGUCCAGUGAAGUUGGCUAUCCCUGGGAUAACAGAGACUGAGAGGAGGAAAGAAUUAGGUUCACAUGAUUUGGUAGCCAGGAAUGAUAAAGAAGCGCCACAUUUUACCACAUUUGGGCCUGCUACAGUGUCAAAUAUCACAACAUCCUCAUCAAUGCCUGCAAGUGCAAAAUUGCAAUUCGAAGAUCACGCCGUAGUUUGUGGAUCAUUGUUAAAGCAUGAACCAGUCAUAGGGGUUUUAUCUGAGCAAAACGCAGUGCAAGAUACUACAAGAAUUUCAUCCCCAAGAGAACAACACCAAACCUGUGUGGAAAAGUGUGGGAAAGAUCAGUCCAGAAGCUGUCUUGUGAAAAAUAAAGAGCCAGGAGACCAUAAGAAAGGACAGAACUUGCAGCUAUCUCACAAACUUGCAUGUGAUAAUUUCAAAAAAACAUAGUUGAUAAUUCCCAAUUGUAGGAAAAUAAGUCAUCAGCAUCUAACUAUAAAAACCUUUUUUUGGAGGUUAUUUAAAGCUGCAUGUUUGACUUUGUAUCCAUACACUAUUGCAAAAAAAACUCAAUGAGAUGUGUACGAAUAGUUUAGCAUUUUCUUAACACUAUAUUCAAUUUUGGGGACAAGUCCUGUGCUGCCAAUGUGCUACAAUUUUAUUUUUGUUUGGAAGUGAGUUGAUAUUUUAAACAGGGUAGCUGGUAUUAUUUUUCCACUCUAUUGCUAACACCAAUUUCGAUUUCAAGUUGGACCAAUGAUCUUUUUGAAGAUAGCAAAGUGGAUGAUAAUUCCUGUGUACACUGUGAUUCUAUGAGAAAUGCCAUAAUGCACGAGUGAGUACAAGACAUUUAGCUUACAUAUCAUCUCUAUUUUCUACAUUUUCAAAUUUAAGUGACUCCCAUUUUUAAAAUGUCUAUAAUCUGCAUUGACAUCUGUAUAUGUGCAACCCAGGUUUGCCAACAAAUUAUUUACUGGAUUCUUUGUUGUCAUGGUGUUGCCUGAACCCUUAGCUCUGUAAUGUAACUUGUCACUAUGCAAAGUAAUACAUUCCUGCAGAGCAUUUGACAGUGUACUGUAAUUUUUCUUUUUGUAUUAAUGUAUCUGAGAAAUGUAUCUUAUUUAUUGUAAAUAUACAUACGACAGUCUUGGAUGUCUUUCUGGGUUUGUGCCACAUAGAUAUUUUGUUGUCAUGGAGAGAUGUAGUGAAUGUGUAAUGGAAGUACUUUCACAAAAAAAAGUGAGAAGCAUUUAAAAAAAAUACAUUUUCGUACUUAUUUAAUCAGUGCAGAAUGUCACCAUGAACUGUGGUGCAGUAGGGUUUGUUGUGCUGCAUUAUUACUGCAUGUUGGCUUCAACCCCAUCCCUUCAAAUAUACUGAACUUCCUUCCACAUUUCAAAUUACGUAUGUUGAAUAAUAUCCACAAGUUCCAUAAUUUUUAUGGCAGCUUGCUUCACUUUUUAAAAAAAAACUCCCAUUACAACAAUGUAACAACUUUUGUCUUAGUUUUCAGCUGAUGUGAAAGUUUUAAUUUGGUGUUUAUCCCCCCCCUCCCCAGCCACCUUCCCUUUCCCCUGCUUCAUCUUCCCCUGCCACAAAUCAUGUUAUGUUUAUGAUGUAUUGCACUAAUAAAUCUCUGAGCUUCUGCUAGCCUAACAAUCGUAAAUUUGCUUUGUUUUUAUUAGCAGCUACAUUUUGCUAAAUGUCAGUUGGUUGAUCUGAGUAAGUUAGACAGUUAUUGGUUAAUGCCGACUGGAUUUUAGUUGCUGUGUUUAAUCUUUUAAAAUAAAAAAGAAAAAAAAGGAAAAAAAAGAAAAAGGUUCUAUGGACAUUACAGUACUGUGGAGCCUGUGCUUUUGCUCACAGUGCAUCUGACUGAUUUCUUUCUGCUAUAAUGUUUUCACUCAAAGUUAAUGAGGAAAAAUACUUGAAAUAAAGGGGGUGUGUUUACUGCCGUGAAAAGAAAA